UUUAUUGAUUUUUUUAGGAAGACGCGUAACGAAGAGAGGGCUAUGGAGGUCCACCCGUCCAACAUUGAAACGGCAGCUCAGAUGGAAAGCGUCCAACACCUCCAAGGCAGCGAGGCAGUCAGGGAGAGGGCCUACAAUGGUGGUGGGUGGCUGUUGUCCGGCAUCAUGUGUGUCAAUAUUCUCCUCCUGGGUUGCGCUUUAGUCAGUGGCAGUGCCUUCAACAGCGUCGCCAUCACCACUGUCCACCGACAAAUCUUCCUCAUCAUCCUCCUCCUCUUGACCAUCCUCUGGAUGGUCUUCUACUCCAUCAUCACCUACCGGAAAAACCAAGCUCUCCCGCUGAAAGACAGCCAUGCAGGACCUGUGUGGCUCAGAGCUGGGCUUGUCCUGUUUGGUGUGCUCAGUCUCAUCAUGGACAUUUUUAAGAUUGCCAACUAUGUGGGCUACAUCCACUGCGAUUCUCCCGUGAAAGUCGCCUUUCCCGUUGUGCAGGCUGUAUUUUUAUUUGUUCAGACAUACUUCCUAUGGAUUCAUGCACAGGACUGUGUGCAGCUACACAAGAAUUUCACUAGAUAUGGCCUCGCGGUAACUCUCUCCACUAACUUGGUGUUGUGGAUGGCGGCGGUUACCGAAGAGUCAGUUCAUCAAACUGAAAUCCCUGAGAAUGCCAACGUCACACGCAGCAUUGACCUCCAACCUCCGAUACUUGUUUCAGCCGGCUAUGGAGAUGACAAGUGUAAGUGCAGCCACUCUUCGUGUAGCCUCUUCAAAGAGGCCUACUUCUACCUGUACCCUUUCAACAUCGAGUACAGUCUGUUCGCCUCUGCCAUGGCCUAUGUUAUGUGGCAUAAUGUUGGUCGGGUUGUGGAGGACCACAGCCACCGCAACACCAAGUUUUGCCUGAAGCACAUGUAUGUGGGGCCUGUUGCAGGGAUUCUUUUGGUCUUGGCGGGCUUGGCAACCUUCAUAGUGUAUGAAGUGGAGGUGGUAGAAGAGAACCAGGAGAAGAUCAACAAUGCGCUGAUGAUGCACUUCAUAAUGAACAUUGUGAUCGUGAGCCUGAUGUCUGUCUCCACCGUGGUCGGCUGCGCCAUCUACAGGCUGGACAAGAGAGAGCGCGUGUCUGAGAAGAACCCUACACGCAGCCUGGAUGUGGGGCUGCUGGUCGGAGCCUCGAUAGGGCAGUUCAUCAUCAGCUAUUUCACCAUUGUGGCCGUGGUGGCAACCGGCGCUAAGGGCCACUUGAAUGCCCUGAACUUGGCCUGGGCCAUCCUGACUGUUGUCCAGCUCGGCCUGCAAAACUUCUUCAUCAUCGAGGGCCUCCAUCGGGAGCCCCUCCGUGCGGUGCAAGAGGCAGAAUUGCACGUAAGUGGUCACGCUUUGCAGAGUCAUACAGAGAUGAGCGUUAUCUUGAAGAACAAUAAGCCCAGGAACAACUUCACUUCGACUCAAGACAGGCUCAGCUGUAAGAGAAGAGCACUGAAGGAAGUCUGUUUAUUUCUGCUUCUGGCCAACGCCAUUCUCUGGAUUAUGCCUGCCUUUGGUGCUCGUCCUCAGUUUGACCAUUCGGUUGAGAUAAAGUUCUACAAAUUCACCAUGUGGGCUGCCAUCGUGAAUAUUGGACUGCCCUUUGGAAUAUUCUACCGCAUGCACUCAGUGGCCAGCCUCUUGGAAUUAUACGUAAUGUCUUAGAUCAGCUGUAUCGCAAAUCAUGUAUAUCAAUGUUUGCAGUAUUAUAAGUUUACCUUCUCUAUUUUUUUUUUAAAAUGCAAUAUUCAAUAGAACCUAACUCGGGUGUUGCACAUGUCUUGGUCAUCGUUUCCCACAUUCUGUUACAUAAGUUGGGUCAUCUGAUUUUAUGGCUUGUAAUAAAAACUUGAGUUGCCCGUUAGAGCGACGUAUAUUGCAUGUUACAACUAUGGCGGAACAUGGUUAGUUUGAUGAUACAGCUAAAUACUUGAUGCACCAAAUUCCCACCACUGCUGUGAGGGCCACAAUGGAGCUAUUCUAUUCCAUCAGUGAGCGCCCUGACAACGGCUGGGAAUUUAUUGCCCCAGUGCAUGCCAGAUUUAUGCUGCUGGGUUUAUCGGGGGCAAAGACAAUCCGAGACUCGGGGAGGCUGCAACAACAUACCAAACUAUAUCCGCGUGUAUGUGUCAGAUGUGCAUGGGAUUUUUUUUUUAUUUCAUUUACUAAUUUAUUUGGUAAGACGAGAGGGCUUUACUAAGCACAGCAGUGCUCUGUAGUAAAACACACAUAGCUAAAGGUAUUUGCAGCAUGAGGAAAAUAUGAGGCGGCUGUUUUCUUCCUAUCCAUCCAUUAUCCAAAGUGCUUAUCCCGCUCUCAGGGGUCGCGGGGACUGCUGGAGCCUAUCCCAGCAGUCAUUGGGCGGCAGGCGGAGAGACACCCCUGACAGGCCGCCAGGCCAGCACAUGGCCCACACACAUUCACACCUAGGGACAAUUUAGUACGGCCGAUUCACCUGACCUACAUGUCUUUGGACUGUGGGAGGAAACCGGAGCCCCUGGAGGAAACCCACGCAGACACGGGGAGAACAUGCAAACUCCACAUAGAGGAUGACCCGGGACGACCCCCGAGGGUUGGACUACCCGGGGCUCGAACCCAGGACCUUCUUGCUGUGAGGCCACCGCGCCGCCUCCUAUAGGAUAUCAGAAAUAUAAUGGUAAUUUAGCCAACACUGGAGUUGUGACUGAGCACCACAAAAAAAAAAAUCUAA